AUGCAGUCUGCAAUUGUGAUUUCCUCGUUCACGUCUUCACGGUUGAGGCUCGCCCUGUGCGUCUCCGCCGCCCGGGGCUUCGGCCUCGUGUCCCUCACUCUGCGGCCCGACGCGCGGCCGCUGUCUCCGCGCGAGCACACGAGUGCGCAGGCGACAGGCCCGAGCACGUCGGCGUAUGCUCUGCUAAAGGAUCAUCACGCGGACGCGCUCAGGGUCUUCGUCUCCUUCUCCUCCCCCAAGUUCAAUCUGCAGGCGCUUGCCUCGCUGGCGCACCUCCCGCCGCCUCAGCGAGAGCGGCGCCUCGCCGCGCUGCUGCGACUGCGGCAGCACGUCCGCGCGCGCGUGCGGGCGACUGACGAGCGAGGCCUGUCUGUCGAGCUCAAAGUCCUCUUCGACGGCACUCAGGAGGAGCUGACAGUCUCCUGA